CCAAACCGCUCCGUCUAACGGGCUUAAAUACGAGUCAACUCAUUUUCUCUGACAAAAAAGAGUCAUCUCGCUUACUGGACGGGUAGGAUUGUUUGUAAAAAUGUGAGCUUUCCCUCCUUAGUUGGUGUAAGUGGAAGUAAUGAGCUUCCGCCUUUUCUAAGAAUGGAAUGGGAAAACAUGCGAUGUUCAAGCUCAUCAUGGGAGACCUAUCUCUACCCAAUUCAUCUCUCUUUGCCAAGAUGCUGGAUUCCUGUCUCUCAACAAAGUCACCCAAGGACGUACGCCGCCUCCAUGCUCGAAUUACCAAGUCUCAAUUUUCUUCUGAAGUUUUCAUCCAGAAUAGACUGAUCGAUGUUUAUGGGAAAUGCGGCUGUUUGGAAGAUGCCCACAAGCUGUUCGACAGAAUGCCGCAAAGAAACACUUUCACCUGGAAUGCUAUUAUAACUGCAUUGUCUAAAUCUGCUCUUCUUGAUGAAGCCGAAAGACUUUUCGACUUAAUGCCGGACCCUGACCAGUGCUCGUGGAACUCGAUGGUAUCAGGUUUUUCUCAGCACGGUCGGUUUGAAAACUCACUCGACUAUUUCGUACGCAUGCACAAGGAUAAUUUUGUGUUGAAUGAGUAUUCCUUUGGAAGUUCUCUCAGUUCUUGUGCUGGGUUGAUGGAUGUGUGUAUCGGUAUGCAAAUUCACGCUGCUUUGUCUAAAUCUCCGCACUCAUCGGAUGUUUACAUGGGAUCUGCACUUCUCGAUAUGUAUGGUAAGAGCUGCAGUGUAGCUUCUGCUCAAAAGGUGUUUGAUGAAAUGCGAGAACGUAACACUGUUUCUUGGAACAGUUUAAUUUCGUGUUAUGAACAGAAUGGUCCGGCAGCUGAAGCUAUAUCUGUUUUCGUUCUCAUGAUGGGUAGCGGAUUCGAUCCGGAUGAGGUCACUCUGGCUAGUGUUGUCAGUGCUUGUGCAAGCUUAAAGGCUUGCAAAGAAGGCCGUCAGAUUCAUGCCCGAUCCAUGAAAUUGGAGAGGUUGAGGAGUGAUCAUAUUUUAAGCAACACAUUUGUUGACAUGUACGCAAAAUGUGGAAGAAUAGUGGAAGCUAGACGUAUUUUCGACAGGAUGGAGAAUAGGAACGUUGUCUCCGAGACCUCAAUGAUGAGCGGUUACGCGAAGAACUCGAGUGUUGGAUCAGCGAAAGUUAUAUUCUCAGAGAUGGCAGACAGAAACGUCAUUUCAUGGAACGCUCUCAUCUCUGGCUAUACGCAGAAUGGAGAAAACGAGAAAGCGCUGGAUCUCUUUCGACUCUUGAAAAGAGAGUCCGUUUGCCCUACACACUACACGUUUGGGAAUCUACUCAACGCUUGCGCGAACUUAACAGACCUGGAACUUGGUAGGCAAGCCCAUGCCCACGUCUUAAAACACAGAUUCCUGUUCCAUCCAGGAAAAGAGUCGAAUAUUUUUGUGGGUAACUCUCUUAUCGACAUGUACAUGAAGUGCGGUUCCAUUGAAGACGGGAGAGUAGUCUUCAAGUCCAUGUCUGAAAAAGAUUGGGUGACAUGGAAUGCUUUGAUAGUUGGAUAUGCUCAGAAUGGGAAAGGGUUUGAAGCACUCGAUACUUUCAAGAGAAUGAUGGAAUCGGGUGAGAAACCUGAUCAUGUGACUAUGAUAGGAGUCCUUAGUGCUUGCAGUCAUGCAGGAUUGAUAGAGGAAGGACGUCGUUUCCUAUUCUCAAUGAAACAUGAUCAUGGUUUGGAGCCGUUAAAGGAUCACUACUCGUGUAUAGUCGAUCUGCUUGGUCGAGCUGGGCGACUCCAUGAAGCUAGGGAUUUGAUAGAAUCGAUGCCAAUGGAACCGGACAGUGUUGUAUGGGGUUCGAUGCUGUCUGCGUGCAAAACUCAUGGGGAUAUUGAGUUAGGUAAGUAUGUGGCGGAAAAACUGCUGGAGAUUGAUCCUGGAAAUUCUGGUUCUUACGUUCUUCUGUCGAAUAUGUAUUCGGAUGUUGGAAGAUGGAAGGAAGCUAUGAAAGUUAGGAAGCUGAUGAAGAAAAGAGGAGUUGUGAAGCAGCCUGGUUGUAGUUGGAUUGAAAUUAAGAGCAGGGUGCAUGUAUUCAUGGUGAAAGAUGGAAGACAUCCUCAAAGAAGAGAAAUUUAUUUACUUCUUAGAAAGCUUACUAAGGAAAUGAGAUUAGCUGACGAUUUGGAGAUGGAUUUUGAAGAAAUCUUACCAGUUGCAGUUUAAACAGAUGUUGGCUGGUUCAGGAAACCCAAAUGUAAGUUCAUGAAUACUUUGAUACCCACCUGAGAAGAGCUAGCGAGGACGAAGUAGAGGAUGCGCGAAUCUCAUCGAUCGUGUUCUUUGUUUCAGCAAAUCUGUGUGGGCAGGUGGAAUCUAUGAAAAAGCCACUGAGGUUCUUUUAGGUUUUGGGAAUAAUCUUAAAAAAUUUAAGGAUGUAUGAAGAAGAGAAGAAGUUUCAACAAAGGUGGGAGUUUAGGGAUGUGGGAGACAAAUUUAAUGAUUCUUCAAGUGAGGAUGAUUGCAGUACUUCCAAUAAGAAGAAGCACAAGCUCCUUUCAGACAUGUUGUUGCUUGAGACAGAGGAAGAACCAUUCUCCAAUUCUCCAGUAUCUAACUCACGGUCAUUUCGUAAAUCAAAGAAAGAUAAACGAGUAGUAAUUCACUCCCAUUCACCCAACAAGAAGAAGGAGAAGAAGAAUAAGAGCAUUUCACUUGAUGGUUUGAAGAUGUUUAUGGAAUCUAUGCUUGGGGAACUUAGAGUUGAAAGAGAAAGUAUGUUCUCAAGGAUGAGGGAAGAGAUGAAAAGAAUUGAUUCUACUAAGAAGGUGAACCCAAAGAAAGUUAGCCACAUGAGGAUGAUGAUGCAUCAGAAGAAGAUUGAAGAAAACCCAGAAACUAACAAUGGGUUCGACAGCAGCAAUGGAAAAAUAGAAAGAUUGGUGAAAAAACCAUUAGAAGCAGGUGGUGGGACUGAGAGUGACAUGACAGUGGGUUCAGAAAUAGUAGAUUUAUUUACAAGUCCUAAUAUUUCAGCUGGGUUCUUAUCAGGAGGAGGAGGAGGAGAACAAUCGUGUAAAAAGAUUUCGAUGAAUACAACAACAACAAACGAGAUUAAUGGUUUCAAUCUAUAUGGGGGCAUUCAUCAUCAGUUUUCAAAUGUGGGAAGAAGUGGAGAUGGGUUUGCUGCUGUUCCUCCACUUCAUAUUGGUAAUGGUAAUGGUAAUGGAAUCAAGAAUAAUAAUGUAUUUGGUUUGAGGAUUAGUGGGGGAGCCAUACGAUUCUCUUCUACAGGAGAUCACAGCAACAACAACAACAACCACCUAGUAACAGAUGAUAAUGAUGAUGAGAUCUGGCAAACAGAAGCCAAGACCUAUGGCCGAGAAACAUAGAUCUAGUUUUUUAAGGUAAAAAAAAAAAAAAAAACAUUUUGAAGUUUAGCCAAUGGACAAUAUGCCUUUUGUAUCAUUUUGUUUCAAGUGGCAAAUAGUGAAGGAUAAUGUAAAAUGGGUGUUGUUGAAUUGUGCUUGUUUGGCUAAAAACAUCUAUAGUAUUAUUAGACCUUUAAUUUGGUGGGUUUUAAAUGGCUGCUGUCAUUAUCAAUUGUUGCCUUAUAUAUAUCUAUGGUGGUCCUAGCUGUGUCUCUCCCUUCUCUUUCA